AUGGAUUUGGACAUUGAAAUGGACGACGCGGUCGACGUCCCGCCCGUCCCGGAGGCGUACAUUACAGAUAUAAUUGCAGAUUAUGAACAGGAACCUGGCGAGGUCGAGGAAUCGCAUCCCGAAGACAACCGGUCCGACGAACGUGCCAUAGUCCCAUACAAAAUCCAUGUCCGAGGAUUAGACACAUUCAAUCCCGAAGAGGUCAAGGGAUACGUGGCAGAACAUUUCAGUUCAGGCCUAUUUGACCGUGUCGAGUGGAUUGACGACAGCUCCGCGAACCUCGUAUUCAAGUCCGAAUCCACCGCCCAGGAAGCCCUCAUUGCCCUUUCAUCGGUUGAGAUCGCCGACGCUACGCAAUUGCCGCCACUCGAAGCCCUCCCCGCUAAACCAUACAGUGGGAAACCAGACAGCACCCUGCUCGUUCGCUUGGCGGUGACCGGGGACAGGAAGGAGGUUGGCGCAGCUGCUCGAAGCCGCUUCUACCUCCUCCACCCAGAAUAUGACCCCGAAGAAAGGAGACGGCGCGGCGGGUCUAAUAGGGGAAAUUAUAGGGACCGCGAAGGAUACGGGCGAGACCGCGAUCGUCGCGGGGCCCGACGUGGUGAUCGGCGCGAUGACCGACGCGAUGACCGACGGAGGGACAACCGAUACGGCGACGAGGAGUCCGAGCCAUUUGACGUCAGCUUGUACGACGAUGAUGAGGCGUCACUUGCAAAACGGGCAAAUCUCAAGCCGCGGCUGCCGCGAGCCUCUGUAUCCAGUGGAGACGAGGACCGAUAUACGCGACGGAACCGGGAUAAAGAGCUCUUGCCCAACCGCAGGCCGAGAGAAAGGGAUGGCAUAUCGGGGCGGGACCGCUCGGCCUCCCCAAUACGGGAUGACCUGAGGAUGGAGGUGGACGAUCUUGCCAGGGAUCAGGAAGCAGCUACGCAGAAUCGCGACAAGGCUCGGACUAUCAAGGACCGGCUCUCUAAAGACAACCGCGCCAAGGAACUCUUUCCUACCAAGUUGUCUUCGUCAGCUCCUGGCAGUAAAGCGCAGAUGGACCAGGUCGACGAGGGCACAAUCUUGUCCAGCGGUAUGUCGCGAAUGUCUCUUUACAUCAACCACCACUGGGGUCUCGACGGUUGCAGCGAUGCUCCGCAACGCAGCUUUGGCGUUUAUACUCGGCUUCUUUACUCUUACUCUCAUCAACUCGGAAGCAUCAUUGACAGUUUCAAAGCAAAACUCGCAGACCGAAUCACGCCGCGAACGACGACAGAAGUAAGUAGCGGGUUCAACAUCCGUGGCCUGGCGAAUAAGCGCGGCGCGGAUCAGGGCUUCGCGAUCAAAGGCACCGGCCCGAGCGCCAAGGAGCUGUUCCCCGAGAAAUUCGGAAACAACGCAACCAAGGAGUUGUUCGCCGACAAACUCGAAAAUAGGGGCCGUAGGAGGCAGAAGGCCGAAGACUCGUUCCUCUAG